AUGCAACAAAUUUAAUGAUGUUCAGACCGAUCUCCGGCCCUAUACUAGUCCACUGGGGGUGAUUAGGAACAAGAAGACCAAUCUUAAUCAUCUCCCUCACCUCCUUCACACCUUGUCCACUUUAUGAGCACACCUUUCCCACCUACAGUCACCCUUGGCGCGCGAGAAAACCACAACAGAUAAGCAAUUAGCAUAAAUAUCUACGGGUGCAGUCAAUAGCUCGGCGAGCUCAACCAUUUCUUCGACACGAAGUGCACACAGUGGUCCGCCGUUUGUGGAGAGAGUUUGCGAGUGUAAUUGCAGAUCGGACUACGUGCGUCUGGAUUUAUGGCCCUUGUCUGAACCCAUUAACCCGCACGAGACGCGGCAGGUAAGCAAGGUGCGACGGAUGCCACAGGAAUGAAGUACGCAGCAAGUUACAGCAAGACACCGUAUCAACGCGGGACAACAGCAAACAUCUCACCUGAGACCCACGUCAGCUAUUUCUGGAUGUGCCACCUGAUCACUAGGGUGGAAUCAGCUCGUGGUGAGACACCGACCGCCGCAGUUGUUCACUCGGCGCACACCACCACACCAACACCAACCACCAACCAUCUCCUCAUCGGUGUUUGGUUGACAACCGCCACCUGAGCCUUAAAAACCCAUUUACCCGAAAAGCGAGGAUGGCCUUGACUGGGUGGAGGGUGUGUCAUCAAGUCGGGUGCCCCGCCGUCUGUCAGUCAGGGUGGCGCCGUGCCGUAGCCCUGUAAUCGAUGGCUUAGCGCGAGGCAUCUGCCCUAUCCUUAUUGCUCAUCGCCAAUCUGCCGCAGCUUCCUGCUGCUGCGUCGCCGCACGUUGUCGCAGACAACAACAGCAGCAGCUGUUGCCGCAACCACAGGAGAUUACUUUCGUCGCUCGUGCACUCGCGCGCACACCCUCGUCAGCAGCAGCCUCGCACCUUUUUUGCAGCAGCGGAAAACUGUUGCCGGUAUGGCGUACAUCACUCCUAAAUGGAUAAGUUUCAGAGUGGACCCGACUAUCGGUGCCGGAGAAAAAGUGAGCCACAGUCCAAGAAAAGACACACAGCCGGUACAUCCACCCAACUGUGGGCCUGGCUUUGGUGGAGGUGACAGAGUGGACAGAAUGGAGAAGUACGAGAAAAUUGGGAAGAUUGGUGAGGGUUCAUAUGGUGUGGUUUUCAAAUGUCGCAACAAGGAGACCCAACAGUUGGUUGCCAUCAAAAAGUUUGUUGAAUCAGAAGAUGAUCCGCUAAUCAAGAAGAUAGCAAUGCGAGAGAUUCGAAUGCUAAAGCAACUGAAGCACCCUAACUUAGUGCGUCUGAUAGAAGUGUUCCGCCGCAAGAAACGUUUGCAUCUAGUGUUUGACUACGUUGAUCACACGCUUCUGAAUGAGCUUGACAGACAUCCUCGUGGAUUACCUGAGCAGAUGGUAAAGAAAAUUAUUUACCAGACACUGUUAGCCGUAAACUUUUGUCAUCAAUACAAUACCAUCCACAGAGACGUCAAGCCAGAGAAUAUACUGAUUACACGGCAGGGGCAGGUGAAGCUGUGCGACUUUGGGUUUGCAAGAAUAUUGACGGGACCAGGAGAUGAGUACACAGACUAUGUUGCCACACGAUGGUAUAGAGCACCAGAACUUCUGGUUGGAGAUACACAGUAUGGCCCUCCUGUUGAUGUGUGGGCCAUAGGCUGUGUGUUUGCAGAGGUUCUCACAGGUCAAGCACUGUGGCCUGGAAGAUCUGAUGUUGACCAACUCUACCUCAUUAGAAAAACUUUGGGUGAUUUGAUACCUCGUCACAUGCAGAUCUUUUCAAACAAUGCCUUCUUUAAGGGGAUGAGCAUACCUGAGCCUGAUCGGUUGGAACCUUUAGAUGAGAAAUUUCCUGGUGCUGCACCUCAGACAAUGAGUUUUAUGCAGACAUGUCUGAAGAUGGAUCCAGCAGAGAGGCUGACCUGUCAGCAGCUGUUGGAGCACCCCUACAUGGACCUGAACAUGGAAAUGGUUACAGCAAGCAAGCAUGAUGGCCCUGUUCGCAAGAAGGUCAACUCUCGAACUGGCAACUAUCCUAUAACUUUCCAACCUCAGCUGCCAUUACUGCAGGCACCUACAGCAACAUCACCUGUUCCCAACCCGAAGUAUCAGGCCAUGAACAAGCAAAAGCCACGCUUUAAUCAUCAUCAUUUGCCCAACAUCUGACUUGUAGGCCACGGGAUGCAGCGGCCGGAUGCGAACUAGAUCCCCACUAGGAUCACUGUUCACCUCCACAAAUCCCUUACCAUCCAGCCUGCUCACCCGGAGGCCAUGCCAUGAUUCUUCAUGUGGUGAUAAUCUUGAGGACAAAGAAUGUACAGUGUUUGAGGGUGUCUUCUUUAAAAGGAUGCUGUGAAAACAGAGGACUAUGUAUGUUGUACUGAGCACUAUUGGACAUGUUACAGGAUAUGACAGAAGGGCUGCAAAUAUAAAAUACUGGCUAGUAAUUUAUAAAACGGUAAGAACUAGUAUUCUAUAAAUUGAGUUUGGAGAAGUGUUUACAUUCCGUCAUAGAUGCUGACAUGCUCGUUUCAACCAAAAAUGCGUCGCGAUGUGCAGGAAAAAAAGCAUCACUGUUUUGCCUAGUGUUGCUAUGUGAAGGAAUUUCGUUGGUAUAAGCAGCACUAGGCACUCCCAGCUCUGUUGUUGGUGACAUCACACUGAAGGACUUGAAUGAACAAUCAAGGACUGUGGUGGGACAUGGAAAUUGCUGUUUCUUCCUUGUGAUGGAUCUGAUUGCUCUAUGUGUGUGUGUGCAAGAUGGUGAGUGAGCAAGCAAGGUACCAGGGUAAAUGAUAGUGGCGUCUGGUAAACUUUCUAUUUCCUUCACAAAUUUGCAUGCGCAUUUUAUUCAUAGUACUUUUGAAACCACGUAGCUUGUCUCAGGAAUCUGUACUAGUGGCGAAGCUUUAUUGUGCUUGUCUUUAUCUUGCACCACCAUUCUUGCUUGUGGCCUUCUAAUGGGGCAGCUAUGCCUGUGUGAUGUGACAUGGGCACUGUGUCAUGUGACCAAACUUGGCAGCUGCUGCUUGUUGACAAUUGUGAAGUUUUGUCUUGGUCAUGCUGCUCUGCAUCACACACAAUUGCUUGUGAAGCAGUAUGGCCAUGCAUGCUGCCUCUCUGUCAAGACCACAUUCAAAAUUUGCAUAUCUGCAUUUCAUUAUUGCUGCUUUCAAAUGUUGCACUUUUGUCAUAUAUGUAGCCAAAAUACAGUCAUUGAAACUUCA